CUACCACCACUAAAUUGCAUCUGAAGAAGUCGACUUUUUCUAAAUCAAUAGCAAAAUGGCGGCAACCAUGAAGAAGACAGUUGCAGUUGAAGAUGUCAAUGUCACAUUUGAGGACCAGAAGAAGAUCAAUACAUUUGCCAGAAACACGAAUCGAAUGACAGAAUUCAAAGAUGAAAUAGAGGCAAAAAAGAAAUCUCUACAGAAUCUGCAGGAUGCCAGUGAUGACCUGAUGAUGGCUGAGGAUGACACUCUGCUCGUCCCGUAUCAGAUUGGCGACGUCUUCAUCAGUCACACGCAGGAAGAGACCCAAGAGAUGUUGGAAGCUGCAAAGGAACAACUGCAGCAGGAGAUCAAAGACCUAGAAGGGAAGGUGUCGGCAAUACAGCAGGUGUUGGGUGAUCUGAAGGUCCAGCUUUAUGCCAAGUUUGGGAACAACAUCAACCUGGAGGCAGAUGAAAGCUGAGUGCUUUCUAAUGUGCAGACUUUCGAGUGGUCCCAGAUCUGUUUGUGAUGUUUAGCGUGACACUGAAUCAAUGCUUAUGAUUAUAGGAGUUGGCAAGAUGCCACAAACAGUCCUGGGAUCAGACUAAGAGGGCAACUCUCUUUACACAUGGACUUUUCAUGCAGCUCACAUAUUAUCCAAUCCACACAGUGCUGACAGGAUGCUUGCCAAACCAACGUGUUUGUCCUUUUCUCAAUACCAACAUGAUUUUUCUCAGCAAUUGUUUACAAUGGUGUAUUGUCUUAUUUUGUAUGAAUGUUGGUGAAUGUAUCCCAUUUUACUUUGUGAAGACUCGUUUUGGUGGUUUGUUUCCCCCUGUACUUGCACUGGGUCUCCCCUAUGGACUGACACAAAAUACAUCAUUGUACAGUAGGCGGCCAUAAAGAAAAACAACCCAAGGAAAUAUAUUUGGUGUGUUGGACCUGAAGAAACUGUGAAGUUUGUUUAUUUGGAUCUUCAUUAGCUUUUGCAGAAGCAUUAGGUACUCUUCCUUGGGUCCACAAACAACAUGACAAGUAACAAAAUACUGAUAGACAAGGACAGCCACAUACAUUUUAAAAUACAACGAUACAAACAAUACAACUAAAAAAACAAUACAGAAUAAACUGUUUGUGGUUGAAGAAAAGGGAGCAGAGGCAGCCACUGUUAAGACCCCAACAUGUAGGCAACUGUAUGUGUAUACCCCAAAAUGUAUCUUAAAGGUGCAAUCUAUAGUGUAAUUUCUUGUUACAAAAUGGCUAGCAGGACUGACAAAAGGAGUCUUUGCAAGUGUACUGUGCAUUUGUCUUAAAUUUACCCACGUUUAAUUUUGUAAGUUUAUGUUUGGAGGGUGGAUGGGUGGGUGUAUAAUGCGACUGUUUAGCAACCCAAAAUGUUGCGUGUUCGAAUCUCGUCGCUGACAACUUUAGCAUUUGUACAAAUUAGCAACUUUUUAGCUACUUUGCAACUACUCAGCAUGUUAGGUAAGCCUUUUAGCUAACCCUUUAACCUAACUCCUAAACCUAACCCAGCUAACGUUAGCCAGCUAUCUAACGUUAGCCACAACAAAUUAGAAUUCGUAACAUAUCAUACAAAAUCAAUGGACAUCCAUGAAUUAAUAAAUACCAUACGGAACGUAACAUACUAAUUGGAGUGUCUCGGACUUACAUACAGAAUAAUACGAAAUGCUCUGAGACCAGGUUGCACAAUAAGGAAAUAAUGGAUGGCAGACAGAUGCAGGAGGAAAGUGUGCUGGUGCUGCAGUUACAUGAACCCCACUGAAGGGGGCAACAGGAGAAUGCUUGGUGUCACAGUCUGAGUCCACUCACUAAUAUUCAGCCUCAAAUAUGACUUUUGUCUGGUGGCAUCUUCACAAGCAAAAUCCUUUUGUGAAACGUGAAAUAAUAUUCCUUAAGGUCUUUGUUGUGCAAAUAUUCCUAACAGAAAAGGCAUUUGACAGAGUGUUGAAGUUUGGUAAAAUCCUUCCAGACAGUACAGAUUUUGAUAGUGUCUAUACAAGGGAAUCAAAGCUGGGAACGAGAGAUAAAAAAAAACCUGAAAGCUUCUAUAUCAAGGCCAUCAGACUGUUAAAUAGCCAUCACUAGCCGGCUACCACCCUGUUACUCAACGCUGCUACUACCCUAUAUACUUUAAUCUUGUUUACAUACUGCUUUACUCAUUUCAUAUGUAUAUACUGUAUUCAAUUCUACUGUAUUUUAGUCAAUGCCACCAUUGCUCUUCCUAAUAUUUAUAUAUUUCUUAACUCCAUUUUUUUUCUUUAGAUUUGUGUGUAUUGUUAGAUAUUACUGCACUGUUGGAGCUAGGAACACAAUCAUCUUGCUACCCUGCUAAAUAUGCGUAUGUGACCAAUAAGAUUUGAAUAAACUAAGAUCUGAAAUGCA